CACAUCAAAUUAGCGGUAUUAACUUAUACUUUGAAACUGAGAGUUAUCUCCCUUCCGUUAGUGCCGAUCGUUGCCAAGCUACCGAUAUCAGCAAAACGACGCCAUUUUAUGUUGCCGCAUCUGCUGUCUCUUUGUUCUCAAUCUAUAACCUGCCUUGGAUUUUGAGCUUCGCUUGAGUUUUUAAACAUGCAGUCAAGUAACUGUGUUCAAGAGAGGAUGUUUCACCAGGCUUUCACCCCUGCUGCCACCCCUGUCCCACGUCGACGUCCGUGUGUGUACCACCCUGAACCCCUGUCCACCCUCCCCACCUCCUACACCUCUGUCCCCGACCCAGCCCCUGUCUCUGUUUCUGUCAACAUCACCGGCCACGUCAUUAUGGUUGACACCGACUUUGUGGAGAUCGAUCUCGGCCGUGAGGAAGACACACAACCCCUCCCACCCCAGUCCUUCCUGAGAGCCUUGCUGUCCCGCUUCAUCCGUCUGGUCAAGAGAGUCUUCACCUUCAACAAAAACGACGCUUAAAGUGAUAAUUUGUAACAAUCUGAGAAGUCCCCUUUCCUCUUUUUUUAUGGACACUCUAGCAAAUUAGUUAUCAUUCCCAUUUGGUUGUUCUUUCAUCAGCAUGAUAAGUAAAUUUUGUUGUUGUUUAAAUUGUUGUUGGUUGCUUUAUUCUAUUUUUAAUAUGGGAGCCUCCUUACGUAUGGAACAAACUCAAACAUAACCAAAAGCUACAAGUAACAUUACAGAAUUCUGCAUUCUGAUUCUACGUUUGUAGAUCUCCUUAGGUCUGUGACAAGUUGGCGAAUAUCGUAUGCAAUAGUUACAACAAUAGGUUUUACAAGUUACUCGAACCAGAAAUCGAACCUUGAUCAGGGUGUGACGAGCGAACACUAACUGCUGUGCCAUCCUUCAGUCAUCCGUUUUCAGAUUUGCCAGUUUAAAUGUUCAAAUAUUAUAGAACACUAAAUGAAAACCCCUCAAAAGAUUACUAGCCGAGUGUGUGUAACUAUAUAUGGAAUAACAAAAUAUAUAAUGUGAGCUCAGCAAUUUGUUUGUACAAACCUGAGGACAAUUAUUUCACCCACCCCAAAUUCAAACACGUGUUUAAAAUAGGGAUGGUAAGAACAUGAAUAGGGAUGUAUCAGGAAAGUUUUUGAAGAGAAGUCCUAACUCAGUAGACUAUGGGCCAUAAGACCUGGACAUGAUUUUCAGCACCUGUCUCCCUGGUCUUGAAACAAAAUUGUAUUUAAUGUGCUCUUGAUGCUGAUUUUGUGGAACAUCACAGGCCAUGUUAUUAUGGUUGCUCGGUAACAGUAUGCUAUGAAGUUCUCAAACAAUUUCUUACCAAAACAGGCCUAGGCUUCCUAACAUUGAAUUGAAUUUGGUGAAACAGGUCAAUAAUAUACUGGUAUACUAUAUACCUGCAGAACUAAUUACAGUUUACAGGAUAAUUAUGAUAAUAAUUUGUGUAAUGUACCAGCAAAAUUCAAUUCGGAAAUAUUUAGGAAAUAUUUCUUCCUUGCCAAUUAUUUCCUAGCUUUCAUAACUUACCUAUGAAUAAAUUGAUUCAAUCUUUGUGAUGGUCAUGACAAUAUUAUGGUUGACACUAACUUGAGACUGACUUAUUUGAGAUUUUGGCAGUGAAGAAGAAACAGAAACCCUCCCAGCCGUCCUUCCUGAGAAGCACGAUGUCCCGUCCCGUGUCAUCCGAGUGGUCAAAAGCGCCUUCACCUCUAGCAAAAACGUUUAAUUAAAGCUUUCCUUGGAACAAGUUCCAGGAUAUUUUGUUGGGUUCAUGAACUUUUCAUCUUGUUAAUUAUUUCCAUAUGGUUUCAGUUGUAUAAAUAAAUGUUUUUGUUGUUCAAA